UUUAUUGAUAAAAAAUUGCUGGCAUUGGUAAAAUUAACUAUUAUGACUGAACUAAUACUUAUCAAGACUAGUGAAAGUGAAAAAAUAAAGAAAUUUUGUCAGCAAGAACAUAUUAAUUACGAAAUCUACCAAGAAGAAAUUCCAGCCAAACAAAUUAGUGAAUCCGAACUAGAACAAGCUUAUCGAGAAGCUUGA